GCGGAAGUGUACAGAUGAUGUAGGCGCAGCAGCAGCUCAUUGAACUCAUCUAUUUGACUGUGGAAUUUGAUCGGGCUUUAUUCCAGCUUUAUGUAGGUCAGUGGAGCUUCAAGUUUUCAACUCUACCAGUGUCCAGCUGUGGUGAUGGCGGACCACACCGAUGUCCGUCUGCCUCCAGAGGAGAGGGUCCGCGCUCUCACCAAGAAGGGAAGCUCCGUUGAAGUGAACGACGACGUCCCGCCUCGCCGAUACUUCCGCUCUGGGAUGGAGAUGAUCCGCAUGGCCAAUGUCUACACAGAGGAGGGCAACAUCGAGCACGCCUUUGUCCUCUACAAUAAGUACAUAACACUGUUUAUUGAGAAACUACCCAAACAUCGAGACUACAAGACAGCGAACAUUCCUGAGAAGAAGGACACACUCAAGAAACUGAAGGACAUUGCAUUUCCUCAAGCAGAGAUCCUGAAAAAAGCUCUACUGAAGAGGUUUGAAGCCGAAUAUGCACAGUACAUGGUCAAAAAGAAGGCAGAGGAGGUGGUGCUGGCCCAGGAACAGUCCCGUCAACGGGCCCUCGACGCCGAGCGCGAACGUGUCGCUGAGAUGCAGCGACGCCAACGGGAGCAGGAGCAGUUUAGUGCCUUUGAGGAGAUGAUCCGUCGUCAGGAGUUGGAGAAGGAACGCCAGCGUGUGCUCUUAGAGUUCGCCACUCCCACCGUACCUUCCCCCGACACCCCACUCAUCCCUGGCAUCCACGGCCCCCCACCGGUGUCCCCCACCUUGCCCCACAGCCCCGGAGACCUGUCCGCCUACAACCAGUACAGUCGCUCCAAUGCUACCGCCAGCACCCCAGCAAGUGCCCCGCCCACCUUCGACCGCUCGCUCAAACCAGGCUCCUUGGUCAGCCCAGGGAACAACAAUACGAUGGUGGAUGCCCUUCGGCAGUUGGCGGUUCCUGCUGAGCUGUGCCGGAGUUUUCUGAGACUGGCCGAGGCCAACACCAGCCGAGCUGUAGAAACCUGUGGCAUCCUGUGUGGAAAACUGACCAGAAAUGCAUUUACCGUAACCCACGUCAUCGUACCAAAGCAGUGUGGCGGACCCGACUAUUGUGACACAGAAAACGAGGAGGAGCUUUUUCUCAUCCAAGACCAGUAUGAUCUCAUAACUCUGGGCUGGAUACAUACCCACCCCACGCAGACGGCCUUCCUGUCCAGCGUCGACCUCCACACUCACUGUUCAUACCAGAUGAUGCUGCCGGAGGCCAUCGCCAUCGUCUGUUCACCCAAGUUCAAUGAAAUCGGCUACUUCAGGUUGACAGAUCGAGGGACAGAUGAGAUCUCCACAUGUAAACAGAAAGGUUUUCACCCUCACAGCAAAGACCCUCCGCUGUUUACCCACGCCGGACAUGUGACUAUCACAGACGACAAUGUGUCCAUGAUGGAUUUGCGGUGAUUUUUUUUUUUUAAUGUUUUUCAUUACAACACAUAAGACUGGUUUAUGAAGCUGGAGACGUUUUACGGAAGAAACACUUGUUUUAUUUCCAGGAUGGUACUGAGCGAAUGCUGCCCAUCAGUUUACCAUUUAUAUACAGACUUCAGUUGUUCUGGAUGGGAACAAUGUUGUGAACUUGAUUUGCUCUGUAAGAAAAAAACAAAUAUUAUUGCACUUUUCCAAGCAAACAACUACUAUUCAGUAAUGGACUGGCUCUUCAUCCUUGUUUUUUGUCUGUAUGUGCUCUCCUUUAUCACCUUUGCUUCUGUCUUGAAUUAAAACUGUGUGUUCGACCAAUCGCUGGCAGGAAACCCAACUGUCGUCACAUUUUUCAUCAGAAGUCUGGUUUUGUCUGACAAAGUGCCAAGGAAACCAAUAUUCACCUGUUGUUGAGCUGUUCAUCAUGCAACAUGAAGUCAAGUGUGACCCUCCAUGUAAUCAGUAACACUUCAGUUCUUUUGACUUUCCUUCAUCUAUGGUUGAAUAAACAUAAGUGAUAGAGAAGUGAAACUCAGGUUAUGUAGCCGCAGUCGCUGUGGCUGCUCUGGAUUCUAUUUUUAUAAACUAAAACCCAUCACUCCACACACUAGGUUUUAUCAUUCUGUUUUUCUGUUCUUGGUUUUAGUUUGUGCUGUGGGGAUGCGAUUGGUGUUUAACAUCAUCUGAAUGUACCUCCUGCUGUGUUACUACACUCAACUAAUAACAGAUCAGUUCAUGCCACCAACCUCUUUUAUUUACUCCCUUUUCUCAUUAAACAGAAUAAACAAUUAGCCGUAAUUGUAAAGUAAACCUCUAAUGAAUUAAAUGCCAAGACAGAAUAAAGACUCGUAAAUUAAA